GGUAUCGAUGGAAAAGCUCACUGGUCAUGACACACCAUGCAAUUGCAUCCAAAGUAUCGUUUAAGACUAUUGGGUCAUCUUACUGCUUGUUUCCUUCUCUCUCUCCUUUCUCAUCUCUAUACUCAUUUUUCCUCAUUCAUUCUUCACUUCCCUCUCCAUUUCACUUCUUUUUGCAUCGUUUUCUGCCUUUUUUGACCGCCCAGAUGAUAGUCUCCACUUUGCCGUCCUUGCAUUAGCGCGACGCUAAGAUAUGAGCUUUUGAGCUUUCUUAUCGACAAGUCAAAUCGCGUCGCAAAAGAUCUUUUGAAGUAAAUAUUGCCCUUACCAUACUGCACGAUUCUAUAUUGUUUUUGACCUCCACGACAACCUGCGGCUCUCCCACAAUCUGCCGGCUUCAAAGAUCAAUAUGGCAUCUAAGAUAAUUGUUCUUGGCGAUGUGAACGGCCAUAUACGCAAUGUCUUUACUAAACUAACGUCGCUGCAACUCAAGAACAACUUUGCCCUUGCGAUCGUGGCUGGAAACCUUUUCGCGGAAGCUGAAGACACAGAAGCAGAAGAUACUGUCACAGACCUCAUUACGGGAAAGAUACCCAUACCAUUACCGACAUACUUUACUGUCGGAUCAUCACCUUUACCCAAAAGAAUCAUAGAAAAGAUCGAGAAAGAUGAGGAGAUAUGUCCAAACCUACACUAUCUCGCGAAGAGGAGUACUACGAAAACUUCGGAAGGUAUUAAAAUAGUUGCGCUCGGUGGUCAACUCGACGAGAAUAUAAUCGGAGGUUUAUCACAGGAAUCGUAUCUACCUUUUCACACUGUUGGAGAUGCGAAAGCUCUUCAUGGAGCGCACACGGCGGAUAUUCUUUUGACAACGUCAUGGCCAAAAUCAAUUCGAACCGGUUCCAAAAUACCAACUCCUGAUGAUGCGAAAGAUCCUAUUGCGGGAGAUCAUAUCGCAGAUCUUUGCGCAGCUUUGAAACCUCGUUAUCACUUUUCUGUGUCUCCGGAUUACUUCUAUGAGCGAGAACCUUUCUUUCACACCCCAACUUCAGACGAACCUGACGUUCGACCCCUUACUCGAUUUAUUUCUUUGGCUCCUCAUGGCAAUCCCAGGAAACAGAAAGCCUUAUAUGCAUUCACUUUACAAGCAACAGUCGAUCCAACUGCCCCAUUGCCAACUGGCACCACAGCAUCGCCAUUUGUAGCUCGACCCAAUGAGAGGAAACGAACGGCUCUUGAACCGGAACCAUAUUCUAGAUAUGGCGGUGGCAAUGAUCAUAAACGCGGUCGUGGGCGUAGAGGUCAAAGACAACCACCUCCUGGGCCCGGUGAAUGUUUUUUCUGUCUUUCAAAUCCAAAUCUGGCUACUCAUCUUAUUGCCUCGAUUGGUGAUGAUGCAUAUUUGACAAUUGCGAAAGGACCUUUGACUACAGCUACUACAAAUGCUUCCUUGGGUAUUAACUUUCCUGCACAUGCUUUGAUAAUUCCACUCUCUCACUCACCUACUUUGGCCCUGAUCCCGGAGGAAGAGUCCAAAAACAACACCUACAUUGAAAUGAAUAAAUACAAAGAGGCGCUGCAGAAAAUGAUUGCACAACGCAGCGAAAAUAAGUUGGGCGCUGUUACUUAUGAGAUCAGUAAAGGCAAUGGUGUUCAUACACAUUGGCAACUCAUUCCUAUGCCUAUUGAAACUAUUCAAAAGGGUCUUGUUGAAGCCGCCUUCCGAGUUGAAGCCGAAAAUCUUCAAUACCCAGCCUUCGAGGUAAGAGAUCCAGAAAUCGGUCAAAAUGAUGGCGAUUUCUUCCGCGUGUGGAUCUGGACACCUCCUACCGAACAAGCUUCAGAGGGAACUACCAAAUGCAUUACAAUGCCAUUUGACUGGAAUGUUCGCUUCAAUCUUCAAUUUGGUAGAACGGUUUUAGCUAAACUUCUAAGUUUGGAAAAGAGAAUCCAGUGGAGAGAUUGUGCUCAAACAGAGGCCGAGGAGAAACAAGACGCUGAGUCUUUUAAGUCUGCUUUCAAGGAAUUUGAUUUCACGGAUUGAUCCGCAUUUACAUUUCAUAUCCAAGCGAUUGGGCGCAUACAUGCAUAGUUUGGGAGUUAUUGCAUAUUUUUAUUCAUCAUUACGAAUAUUUUUUCUGCUUAUUAUUGAAUGGACGGUGGGAAAAUCAUUAAGCCAGCAUACAUACUAUUUCUUUUUUUAUUUAUGGAGGACAGAUAAGAACACCGAUGCAUGGUUGGUACGCAUGAUGGCGUUGAGGGGAAUCAUCUUUUCAUUUUCAAACUUUGAAAUUUUCAUCUAGGUUAUGGGGGUAUCGAUCGAUACUUCAUGGAUAUCACGCAUAGUCAAUAGUCGAUCAAAUAAAAGCCUGUUUUUCUUUUUGCAAAGAUUGCAGGAGUCGGCUCUUCAACCACAUCGUCUUGAUCGUCAAUAUUCAAUUUGAAUUUGAAUUUGAAUAUCUUCAUUAACCCUCUGUCCUUCUUCUUCUUCUUCUUCUACCACCAUUCUUUUCCAUCGCGUAUUAUUCAGUCCUUUGAAUCACUCAAUAUAUCUAGUCCGUGAUACAAUCAUUCACAGCA